GCGAACUACUUGUACACUACCACUGCCGCCACCGCUUUCAUCCAUCGCAAUGGCUUCCCUCUCUUUCUCCUCCUCCGUCUCCUCCCCCACCCCCUUCCUCCGCCCCUCCGCAUUCCUCCUUCGCCCCCGCUCCGCCCGCCUCCCCCUCGUCCAAGCCAAGAUCCGCGAGAUCUUCAUGCCCGCCCUCAGCUCCACCAUGACCGAGGGCAAAAUCGUCAGUUGGGUCAAAUCCGAGGGCGACGUCCUCUCCAAGGGCGAAUCCGUCGUCGUCGUCGAAUCCGACAAGGCCGACAUGGACGUCGAGACCUUCUACGACGGAAUUCUCGCCGCAAUCGUGGUCAACGAGGGCGAGACGGCUCCCGUCGGCGCCGCGAUUGGCCUUCUAGCCGAGACCGAGGCCGAAAUCGCCGAAGCUAGGGCUAAAGCCGCCGCGCAGUCGCCCUCCGCGCCGCCGCCGGCGGUCGAGGAGCCGGCUCCUGUUGCUCCGAGAGCUGAAGCUCCAGCUCCAGCUCCGGUGGCCGCUGUGACGCCGGGGAAGCUGGUGGCGACGCCUUUCGCGAAGAAAUUAGCGAAGCAGCAUAAGGUGGAUAUCACUAAAUUGGUGGGGACGGGGCCGUUCGGUAGAGUUACGCCGGAGGAUGUGGAGAAAGCGGCUGGAAUCGCGCCGGCGCCAAAGGCAAAUGUGGUUGCAGCGGCGGCGCCUGUGGCUCCUGCAGCGGCAUCUCCGCCUAAGGCUGCAGCGAGUUAUCCUGAGAUCCCAGGGGCGAAAAUAGUGCCGUUUACGACAAUGCAGGCGGCGGUAUCGAGGAAUAUGAUCGAGAGUCUCUCCGUGCCGACUUUUAGAGUUGGUUAUCCCAUUGCAACGGAUGCGCUCGAUGCUCUGUAUAAGAAGGUGAAGGCAAAGGGUGUUACCAUGACUGCCUUGUUAGCAAAAGCUGCAGCAAUGGCACUGGUUCAACAUCCGGUGGUGAAUGCAACGUGUAAAGAUGGGAAAAGCUUUACUUACAACAGCAGUGUAAAUAUCGCUGUGGCUGUGGCCAUGGAUGAUGGGUUGAUCACACCAGUGCUUCAAGAUGCGGAUAAGUUGGAUUUAUAUCUAUUGUCUAAGAAGUGGAAGGAGCUAGUUGAAAAGGCACGAGCGAAGCAACUUCAGCCCCAAGAAUACAAUUCAGGGACUUUCACAUUAUCUAAUUUGGGCAUGUUUGGAGUGGAUAGAUUUGAUGCUAUACUUCCUCCAGGACAGGGAGCUAUAAUGGCUGUGGGGGCAUCAAAGCCUACCGUUGUAGCUGACAAAGAAGGGUUCUUCACCAUUAAAAACCAGAUGCUGGUGAAUGUUACAGCUGACCACAGAAUAAUAUAUGGUGCUGACUUAGCUGCCUUCCUCCAAACAUUCGCGAAAAUCAUCCUGAACCCCGAAAGCUUGACAAUGUAGACGAAAGAUGGCUGGUUAGAAGUCUUGCAGGGCAUUACACUGAAUAAAGUGAAGCCAACUGAAGAGUCUAGUGUUUGAUUCUUUGCCUCUGAUAUUAUACUCUUGCAAUCAAAUUUAUUGAAGGCAGUUUUGAAUCGUCUAUUUGAGGAGGAUGAUGUCCAUUUCCCAAAUUUUUUAUGAAAUUGAUGCAGAAGGUUUUCUUAUAA